AUGAGAAAAUUAUAUUAACCUCUAAAAGCACCAUCAUUAUCUCCUCCUUCUCAUCAAGUAUCAACUUAUUUAGAUAGACAAUAAAGAACAGGAGAUUAAUUUUAUAGAUCAUUCCCUCAUUCAAGAUCAUAAUUGGAUGAAGCUAGAUCAAGAUGCAAUUUCUCAUCAUAUUAUGAAUAAGCUAGUGAAUAAAAAUAAAUUACAAAUUAAUUUAAAUCUAAUGAUUGGAAUUGUAGAAAUGAAAAUGAAAAAUACAAAAAAUAAAUUGAGAUGUUAAAUGAAUAAAAUGCUAAAUUAUUGAAAGACUUAUAAAUUUAUAAGAAUUCAUAAAUAGAUAAAUUUGACAAUGAUCAUCAAAAUUUAAAUAAAUUAAUGUAAGGAUAUCAAAGAAAAGCUUAAGAAAGAAAAGCUAUCAUGAAAUAAUUGUAUGGUAUCUUAAAGACAAAAGAUUAAGAAAUUGAAGAACUUACUUAAUCUUUUGAAUGUUAAAUUGAUGAUAUGAACAAUAAAAUGAUUUAAUUAAAAGAGUAGUGUGAUUUAUAAAUGUUUCAACAAGAAGAUAAAAUUAAAUCAAUCGAAUAAGUUAUAAAUAGUAUUUUAUAUUUAAAACAAUCAAAAUUAUAAGAAUUAGAUAGUAAAGAAUAAAAAAUGAGAGAUAUUCUAUAAAAAUUACUUAAGAGAUAAGAAUCUAAAGAAAAAAUAGAUGAAGUUAAAAAUAUCCUAACUUUUAUUGCUAAAGAAAAAUUAAAAUAUUAAUUAAAACUUCCAGAUCAUUCAUAAUAAUAAAACAAUUUAUCAAAAGAAUAUUAAAAAAUAGUAACAUAAUAUGAAUCAGUUAUGAUCUAAAUUAAUAGAUUCAAUUAACUUAUUAAUGAUUAAAUUAAACCAACAUAUACAAGUGAAGAUUCUAUUUAUCAACUCUCUUAUAACAUUAAAGAAAUUAUAAAAUUAAAUUCUAAUUUGUAAAAAGAAUAAAAAGAAUAACAAGAAAUCUUAACUAAAAAUGUUAAUAAACUUGAAAAAUACAAAAAGUAAAUGGAAUAAAAAAAUGCAUAUAUUGAUUCAUUAAAAAUGGAUAUUAAGAAUAUAAAUUAAUAAUUACAAAAAUAAGAAACAAUAAAUUCAUUGAAUGAUUGUAUUAAAAAAUAAUCAUAAUAAAUUGAAAUUCUUUAACAAUAAAUUAUUGAAUAAAAUAAAAUACUAGAAUAAAAUGAACUUAUUAUUGCUAAAUAAUAAGAGAAAGAAAAUUAAUUAUUUCAAGAAAUCAAAAUGAUCAAAUGUGAAAAAGUUAAAUCUUUAUAAUAGGAUGAAGAUGAUUAAAUAAAAUAUAAGAAUAUUAUAAAUGAUUUAAAUUAGCAAAUUGAUGAUUUAAAUACAUAAUUGGAAAAUAUGUAUACAGAAUAAGCACAAUUAUAAUAAUAAAUUGAUGAAUAAGAAAUUGAAUAUAAAAAGUCUUAAAUCUAAUAGACAAAUACAAUAUAAAAAUUAUAAUUAGAAAUUAAAAAGCACUAAUAACAAAUAGAGGAUAAUAAAAUUCAAUUUAAUUAAUAAAUUAAGUUGUAAUAAUAGUAACAUAAAUAAAUAUAGUAAGAAUUAAUAAACAACUAAAACUAAAUUUAAAAUUAAUUGAAUGAUUAUUUGCUGAUAAUAGAAAAUUUAAAAAAUAAGGACAAUUUAAAUUCAAUUCUUGAAAGCCUAAUAGAUAAUUUGAAUUUAGUUAUAAAACAGAAAUUAUUAUAGAAUCUUAAAUCUACAUAUAAUUUAGCAUCAAGCCCAAUUAGAGGAACUGCCAAAAGUUCUUCACCAUAAAGAUAGAUAUUGCAUCAUAACAAUAAUUAAAUUGAUCUUUAGAAGAUACAUACUACUUUAGAUAGUGUGUCAGAAUAAUUUUAAAAUAGAAUCAAUUUACUGAUUAAAAAAGACGAAAAAAAUUAAGAAUUGAUUUAACAUUAUUGUCUAUAAAUAGAAGAGUCUUAAUAAACUAUUUAAUAAUUAUGUGAUGAUAAUGAUUAAUAAAAAUAAUUUAUUACUUAAAUGUGCAAACAACUAAAUAUUGAAAAAAUAGAGGAUCUUAAAGAUAGAAAAUCAUUCUCAAAGGAGGAUUUUUUGUGUAUUGAAACUCUUAAUUAAAAUAAUUCAUAAAUCUAACAUCUAAUAAGUUGUAAUUAAGAAUUAUAGUAAGAUAUUUAACAAUAAUAAAUAAUUAUUAAAGAUUAUGAAAUCUAAAUUGAUCAUUUAAAAAACUAAAUCAAAUAUUUAAGUUAAGAAAAAGAAGACUAAUGUAAAAUUAAUACUUAAAUAGCUUCCCCUACAUAAUCAAGUAGAAAAGAUUCAAUAAUAAAAAUUUUGUAGAAUGAAGAGAUUUAAAAUAAAGAUCAAUAAAUUUAAGAUCUAAAUGGAAAAAUUUCUAUAUAAAAUAUUGAAAUUUCUAAUCUUGAACAUUAAUUAGAUUCAUAACUUAAGUUAGUUUAAUUAAGAAAUGAAGAGAUUUUAAAUCUAAACUCAUAGUUAAAAGAUUUGUUAGAAAAGCAACAAUAUUUUGAAUAAUUAAUAAAUGAAUUAAAUACUUAUCAUUAAUAAUCAAAAAAUUAAUAAGAGGUUUAAAUAAUUAAAUUAGAAGGAGUCUCAUAUGAUAUUUCUCAUAAUAGUUUUAAUUUUGAUGCUUUAAGAACCCCAACAAAUUAAAAUUAUAUUAUUGAUGAAAUUUAACAAGAGUAAUCUAUUAAUUCCUCUUUAUCUUCAAUAGUGUAAACUAGUCCUAACACUUAAAUAAAAUAAAUCAUAUAAUUAAAUAAAUAACAAGAAGAAAAUAUAAUUUAGAAUAAUAAAAUAAUAUAAGAAAAAGAAUUGAAUUUGGAGAAACAAAAUGAACAACUUAAUGAAUUAAAAUCUAUAAAUGUGAAAAAAGAAGAAGAAAUCUUUAUUCUUAAAUCUCAAAUAAUUUAGAUGUAGGAAAGAAUAGACAUUUUAACAUAAGAACAAAUAUCUAUUCAUAAAUAAAAUUAGGAACAUUCAAAAAAGUUAAUCUAAGAAAAAGAAUCAGUAAUUGAUUAAGUUGAGUUUCUUAAAAAUUAAGUUUAAGAAUCAAAAAAUAGAAAUGAUGAAUUAUAAAUUCAAAUGUCCUUAUUAUAAAUGUAACUUUAAAAAAAUGGAGAAUAAUAAAUAUCCUUAAAAGAAAAUUAAUAAAUUAUUCAUUAAUAAAACUAAGAAAUUUAAUAACUUAAAACUUUUAUAAAUGAUAAUUAAGAUUUGAUUUUGUAGAAAGAUUUAAAAAUUGAAAAUUUGCAAGCUAUGAUAAAACAAUUAAAUUUAAAAUUAUAAAAAUAAACUUAGAAUAUUAAUUAAGUUUUCAAAGAAAUUAAAAGUAAUUUUUUUGAAUAAUCAAAACAAAUCAAAUCAAAAUUGGUUGAAGAAAAAUAAAUUCUUGAAUAAAAUUAUAAUUAAUUGUAAAUGAGAAUUUUUGAAGUAGAAUAAGAAUAUCUAAAUAAAAUAGAUGAUUUUACAAUCAUAAGUUUACAAUCUUAAAAAUAAAAUGAAUAAAUUGAAGUAGAAACAAAGGUCCUAUAAUAAUAAAUUUAAAAUAAUAAAGAAUAAUUUUAAGAAUAAGAGAAUUAAUUUCAAGAGUAAUCUCAUUAAAUUGAUUAAUUAAAUCUUGACUUGAAAUCAUUGAAAAUUUAAUUAGAAGAGAAGGAUUAAUUAUUGAAUUAAAUUUAAGUUUAAUUAUAAGAGCAGAAAGAUCAAAACAAACUAUAAAAAUAAACUAUAAUAAAAUUAUAAUAAGAAAUAACAUAAACAAUAUAAGAACAAAAUUUAAUACAUGAUCUUAAUGCUUAAAAUUUUGAAAAAUAAUAAUAAUUAGAAUAAAAAGAAGAGUAGCUGAAGAUCCUUGAUAAUUAAUUAGAAAAUUUAGAGGUAUAAUAUUAGGAAGUCAUUUAAAUUUCAAAUACAUCUGAAUAGAUUCUUAAAUCUUAAAUAUAAGACUAAUAAUCACAAUUAAAAUAAUAUGAAUCAAAAAUAAAAGAAUUAUCUGAAGAUUCGAUAACAAAAAAUUUAGAAUUUUAGAAUAAAAUGGAUCAAAUUUAUUAAGAAAACUAAGAUUUAAAAGAAAAUAAUUAAAAUUAUAUAUUCAUAAUAACUGAGUUAGAAUUUAAUAAAGAUUUAAUGAAUAAAAAAUAAAAAGAAUUAGAAGAUGAAAUUAUAAAAAUGAAAAAUGAAUUUCAAGUAAAACUAAACUAAACAUAUUAAAUUAGUGAAGAAAUUCAUGAAUUAUAAGAUAAUUUAGAAAAAUCAAAUUAAAUAAAUAAAACUUUAUCUUAGUAGAAUGAUUAUUCUGAAAAAGAAAUUAUAAAAUUAAAGUAAAUUUUAUAAUAAAAAGAAAAUCAAAUUGUUAGUUUGAAUGAUUAACUUAAUAUAUCUAUAAAGGAAGUAAAAGAUAUAUAAUAUUAAUUCACUUAAAGAACAACUUAAUCAGAAAAUUAAAUUUUAAAUUUAAAAAAAGAAAUAGCUUAGCUUAAUGAGUCAAAUUAGCAUUUAAAUAAAGAGAAGUAACGCUUACUUGAUUAACAUGAUAUAUAUGAAAAGUAAAAUUAAGAAAAAGAAAGUGUUAUACUAUAAUUAGAAGCAGAACUAAAAUAAUUGUAAGAUCAUUUAGAAAUAUAAAAUGAAAAAAUAAAAUAAUCAUAAGAUUCUAAAUAAGUUUUAAUAGACUUAGAGAUUAAUGAUAAAAGUAAGCAAAUCCAAUAAUUGAUGAGCAAUAAUUAAAAUUUGAUACAAAAAUUAAAUUAAUCUCAGUAAAGUUAUACUUAGAUUCUUAAUGAUAACGAAAAGAUAUAAUUAAUUGUAAAUAAUUAAUUAAAUUAAAUUACUUAAUUAGAAAAAACAAUUAUUUAAUUAUAAAAAUAAUUAGAAGAUGCAAAUUCUUAAAAUGAAAAAUUCCUUCUUGAAUAAUAAGAAUUAGAAAGACAGAAUACAAAUUUAAAAGAAUUAAAUGUUUAAUAUUUAUUUUAAAUAUAGAAAUAAGAAGUUUCAAUGUAAUAAUAAUAGCAAUAAUUUUAAACUUAGAAUGAAGAUCUUAGAUAAAAAGCUAAUACAAUUAGAGAUUUAGAAAAUAAAUUUUAAGAAAUAAAUAAUUUAUAAAUUUUACAAAAAUAGAUCAUAGAGGAUUCAAAUAAGGAAAAAUAGUAAAAAUUUGAACAAUAUGAAAAAGACAAGGUUCUUCAACAUUAAUAAAUAAAGUAACUUUAGGAUAAAUUAUAAUAAUAAGAAACUGUUAUAUAAAAUCAUAAAAAGGAAUCUAAUUAAUUAAGAUUAGAAAAUGAAGAAAACACUAAUUAAAUAUAAAGUAUAUAGGCUUUAUAUUAAAAUUAAUUAUUUUAAAUUUCUUAGCUGAAGAAUAAUAUAUCAGAUUUUGAAUAAAGAGAAAUAUAAUAAUAAAAAAGCAAUCUAGAUUUGAAAAACUAAUUUGCAUAAUUUGAAAAAACAAUGCUUAACUAAGUAGAUAGUAUUAGGAAGGAAAAAUAGUUGAUUGAAAUUUAAUUAAAUGAAGUAACUUAAACUGGAUUAAAGUAAAUUGAAUUAUUUAAAUAAGAAAAUAUCAAAUUAAAUCAAGAAAAAUAAGAACUUUAAAAACUAUUGGAAAAAAAAUAAUUGACUGAAGAAGAAUUAAUUUAAAAAAUGAAUUAAAUGAAAUAAAUACAUUAAUAAGAAAUCAAUCAAAAAAAAUAAAGUUAAAUUGAAAUUCAAAAAUCCAUAGAAGAAUAAUAAAAUUAACUUAUAAUUUAGAUGUAAUAAGAAAAACAACAACAAAAUAUACUUAUAGCUGAAAUUAAUAAAGUUUAAAAAGAUCUUAACAAUGAGAUAAGUAAAAAUUAAUAAUUAUUAAAUGAAAACAAAAGACUUUCGAAUUUUAUUAGUUAAUCUAACUUUGAUAAAGAAUUAGUCUAAGAUAAAUAUUAAAUGGAAUAAGGAGAAUAAAUUAUAAAUUGUGAUGAGAAUAAAUCACUUAGAUAAGAAAAUUCAGCUGAAGAUAGAUAAUAAUGUAUAUCAGUUUUAUAUCCAAUUAGUGGUAAUGCAAGUGACAAUUUUGAAAAUUAAAUGAAAUCAAGUUGUAAUUAAAACUAAAAAAUAAUUGUGCUUUAAGAUAAAAUAGCAUAAUUGUAUGAUGAGAAUGAUAAAUUAAAGAGAUAAUAAUUAUAAAGUUUAGAUGAUUUUAUAGAAAUAUCUCCUUUGAAAGAAUCAGACUUAAUUAAAUAAUUAAGAUAAGAAAUAGAAUCUUUAAAAGCAGACAAAGAAUAAGGAAAAGCAAAAAGCGAAAUGCAAUUAGAAAUUGUAAACUUAGAGAAAAAAUUAAUCAAGAAGGAUGAAGAUUUCAAAAACAAAAUAAAAGAAAUUCCAAUUUAUCUGGAUAUGUGUGAGAAAGCAAUAGUUUAAGAUAGAGAUUGGAUGAUAGAUUUAAAUAGUUUAGAAGAAGGUUAAGCUAACAGAUGGAGGAAUAUUUGUGAUAAGUUAGGAGAAUAUGAUUAAUUAUAAGGAGAAAUAAUGAAAUUGCAAAAUGAAAUAUAAGAAUUAUAAUAGCAAAUAAAAAACAAAGAUAAUUUAAGUCUAAAAAGCAUGAUUAUGAAAUAAAGUUAAUCUUUUGAUGAUGAAGAUAUUUUUAGUAUGAGAUCAACUGUGUCAAAAUUAAGAUAGGAAUUAGAGCAAGAAAAGUAUGAGAAUACAAAACUAAAAUCUUGUAUUAAAUCUUAUUUAAAGGAUGAAUAAAGAUUUGAGGUAUUAAUAAAAUUUAAUAUUUAGGAAUAAAAUUAAAGAGUUAAAGAGGAAAACAAAUCUUUACGAAAUAGAAUAAGUGAUCAAUAAGAAGAGAUUAAAUAAUUAAAUGAAAAGAUUUAGAAUUGUUAAGAUGGUGCAUUAGCUUCUCAUUUAAUAUCUUUACUAGUUAAGUUUUUUGAAUCAUAUGAAAAAGAGUUUAAAUUAUAAUAUUAUUCAUAGGAAUAAAUAGGAAAUAAAAGUAUAUUAUCAAAGUUUAGUGAGCCUUUGUGGAAUAGAAUAUAAUGAGCCUAUUAUAAAUAAGCUAUUUCAGAGUUUAGAAAAGAAAAGCCAAAGCGUUUUUGGAAUAUUUAGAAGAGAUAAAUCAAAAGAUAAAUGA